AUGUUUGGUGAAUACUUCUGGUCUGUUGUUUGCGGCUUCUACAUUUCAAUCUCGAAGAUAAGCGGUGACGCGGUGGACUUUGACUUGCUCUGUCAAGCGCACGCAGCUCCCAUUCUGCCAAUUUUGAGGACUUAUCUAGACAGGACAGGAGAACCAAUUAACGAAGACAUGGUCUGCAAAGGGUUGACUUUCGCAUGGCAACGCUUUGACUGGAGGAGCUGGAAAGUGGAUGAACUGUUCUCGAUUCAUUCCUUGGACGACCUCCGGAAACUAUGCGAAAACAAGGAUGCAAGCGAAGACCUGCUCAGAUUAUGGUUUAGAACGAUACGUCUAAUCAGAGCAUCUCAAGAAAAUGGCUUGGUCAAGCCCAUCGAAGAACUGAACCUGUUUCACGUCUUCAUUAGGAAAGGUCUCCCUAAGGUCUGCAUUUGGUUGGCCCUACGACUGUUGCCGACAUCAUAUCUCUCGCAUCGCGAUAGCCACGGACGGCUGCCAUUGCACUUGGCGGUGAUGUUCUAUGAAUUAGAACUUUUGUCAGGUAUCCAGUUGGAAGGACGUUGGUUGUCGCGACGUGAGUGUUCGCCAAUUGUCUUCCCAGAGUGCUCUAGGGCCGCUCUUGAUAAAUCUACCGUGAUUGAGAUGUUGCUAGAGGCCUAUCCUCAGGGUGCCUACGAGCCUGACCUGGAAGGUAAUCUUCCUCUUCCUUUGCUCUUACAACAAGAACCAGGCGAGUCUCAGCACCUGCUCCACGAAAUUGGUGGGCAAAUCUUCGCGCACCAGUACUUCCACAUCAAGGACAGUAUGGUAAAGGACCACAUGUUGCGAAGCAUUGAGGCUUUUGUGAAGCACGCACCUGAGGCAUUGGCUUUACCAAGCAAAACUAAAGUAUAUCCGGAAUACAUCACAACGCUCCCUUUCAUGGUUGCUGCUUCCUCCAAUUGCUGGUUAGAUGUCACAUUUUCUAUUCUCAGAGAGAAUCCUUCGGUUGUCGCUUGUGGUAUCAAGGCCAGUGACCGCGAAAUUUGGCUUACCGACAAACUGAACAAGGCGCAGACGCACAUCCAAAAGCUCGAAGAUGAGGUUGAGCAGCUGAGAGCUUUGCUGGCUCAGAAGCAAGAGCACGGCACAGAAAUUGCGCCUCCAUCCCAUGUCGGUUCUAUCCAAAUCUUCAGAAACCUGCCUCUGCUCCAGUUCCCAUCUCCAAAGCGUCGCAAGGUUGAGGAUGCUGAAGAUCCAUCCAAAACAGACAGAUGCCAAACACCCAAAGAUGGAGCAGGAGCAGAAAGAAUCGGAUCUUAUGAGACCAAUGCCACGAACAGUGCUGACUCGUCUCAUGACAGUGGUGAUGAAGUCGUCCAAUCCAUCCAAGAAGAGAAUGCCUGGAAAGGAAACAACGCAGCUGCGAAUGCUUGCUAG